AUGAAUGCACAGGCAGUUCGUGAACAUAAUACGUUCUUUGUAUUCUCAGAUUUCCGGACGUACGAGAGUAAUGGAGUGCUCUCCAAAAGCUUUCGUAUACAAAGCGGUAUCCGUCAGGGAUGCCCACUCUCUCCAUUCUUUUUUUAUUUCGAGGAGAAUGCGCAAGUACUUCUGGAUGAACUGACCAGUCAUCCCGUCCCUUAUUGUACACUUUGCACCCACAAAGUGCUAGGUCGUGCUCAUGGACACGCGCCACUUACGAUCCAGGGAGAGGUAAUGGAAGUUGUGGAGCAUUUUACGUACCUUGAAAGUUGUGUUAGUUCUGAUUGUAAAGUGACAGAUAAGGUCAAUGCACGAAUCUGCAAGACUCGGGCCGCGUUUGCCCAUUGGAGACACCUAUGGCGUCAGAGUGGUUUAUUUCUGAAUCUCAAGGGACGUAUGUAUCAAGCUACAGUACGGGCUGUUUUAUUGUAUAGACACUUGACGAGGCAAUCAGAAAGCGAGUUUUCUGCGCAUUCGGGACUUCCAUUGAAGAAUGUGUCCAGCACCAGAAGCUGCGUUGUUUGGGAUAUGUGUUGCUUAUGCCUAACCAUCGUUUCCCGAGGAGAGUUAUGUUUCCCAUGUCCAACUCAGAGUGGCAUAAGCGGAGAGAUGGGCAACCCGUGCCUGGCAGUGUGGAGAUUAGGAAACGUGUGGGUGCUGUCGGUGCUACUCGCUUUCCGGGAUAGGGAUCGCGUGAUCCCCAUUGCGCCUGGUAGGAGACUAUGCAACACAUGGCUUGCAACCGAUGUCAGUGAUGACCUUGCUGUUCAUAUCUGUCCACAUCGCCUGAACGACUGUCUGGAGGUGCUUUUAAAUAAGUCCUGGUUGUACGGCGGUGAAGCAUCGGUGUUGAACACUGAUGUCGAUGAUGAUGAUAAUGAUAAUCAUCUGUUGCAUACAGACUAUGAAACAUACCGGUGGUUCGGUUACUUGAUGGGCGUCUUUCUGUUUUGUUUGCAUCCACCCGACCUCAGUGACGCCAGUGAAACUGACGAUGCUUACGAGGAGAAGGUGCAAGAUUUAAAACGUCAACUGAAACAGUUGGACGAUAAGACACACCCUGACUAUUUGAAAGUCAGACGCAAAGCUGAAGCUUGGUUGAACGAGGAGAAACAACGUGUUCAAAUUCUCCACGAACACCGGUUGGAAACUAUAGCUCGGGAGUAUAAGAAGGAAAUGGAGGCUUGUGAACGUGAUUGUGAGCUGGAAAAACGGCGCAUUCAAGAAUAUCUUGUUUCUCUAUGCGAGGAGCUGAAGCGACGUCUUGAACACGACAAGAAGAAUAUCGAGUUAACUCCUAGCGGGGAUAUUCUGGAUUUUAAACCAGCUGUCACUCGGAAGCUACGUCGCCGAGGGGGAACCGACUUGCCUUCCAACAGUUCAAAUAAUUUUCUAUUUUGGGGUGAUCUGCUUUUGUGUGGUCCUGGUUGGCCACUGAGUGCAGCCACCCAUUGCAAACCUAGUCAAACGGAUCCCAACCACACCAGUACUGAACUGCGUAGUCCAAUCCCUACCAACGGGCUUGAGACAAGUGUCCCGGAUACGAAUACUGGACCAACUAAUCCUGAUGCGGAAUGCGCCGAUGGACCGAAAUCAUUGAAACCAGCGGAUUCGACGAGCAGCGUGAUACAUAGUGGUGGAUCGGGUUCGAGUUCUAUGAAAAGCAAUAACCUUUUUGGGAGUUUGGGGAUGAAUUUGUUUGAUGGCAGUCUGUUGUCACAUCUGCUGGCUUCUAUCAACAGUUGCGGUGGUGGUGGUUCCAGUGGAUCAAACCCCUACAUGUACUUUAACAAUUCCGGCCUAUACAAUUUUAUGAGUGGACCUCCAUCAGGAUCGGCUGCAGCCGCUGUAGCGGCUGGCCUCCUAAUGCCGUCCGCCCUGAACAACCCCGGUUCAAAUAGCUUGGCCGCUGCUCUUGGUACGGUGGCAAUCACUCUAACAGGGGCGCCUCAGUCGACUGCGAAGAAGCGCCGACAACAAAAUGCUCCUCCCGCUGCUCAGUUGAAUCUUCUCUUGCCAGAGAACGAUAUUUAUGAAGAUCUCACCAAGAUUCACCGAGCCUGCGCAAAGUCCGUCAAUACUCCGUCAGUUGGUGGAAGUCGAAAGAACUCACACCACAACACGCCCUUUGUCGGUGGUCAGGCAACCAGCUUCGGCUCUCCAUCCCAUCCAGGUGUCCAAAGUAAUUCCUUGAGUGAUGGCCCAACUUCAGCUUCCACGAAGAGCCAAAAAGAUGGCGGGACACCAACAAUGAAUUCCCCAGGGUCAGCGGGUAUGAGUUCUCCAAACCCCUUCGGUCUAGAUUCCGGUACGCCAAGUCGUGUUCAACUUCCGGGCUUAUCCUGUCCAACCGGCUCAACUCCCUCCGGCCUUUCCGUUUGGAUUGAUGAUGGGCGUUUAUACUGCGGUCAGAAGUGUUUCCAGUAUGGUGCCUCUGUGAUUCUGGAGGGCCGGGAUGGUUCCAGUCACCGAUGCACUGGCACAAUUGUCGCAAUCGGAGCCCAAGACAUUGCGAUUCGACGAAGUUCGGACCAUGGUAUUUGUCGGAUUACCGUGCAACAAUUGAAACAGGGUCGUUAUUGGAACGAUUAUGCUAGGGCCACGGUCGACAGUAAUAAGAGUAACUACCUGCAGAAAGUUAGACUACACGUAACUGAUGGGUCUCAUCGAAAAAGUACUAGCGGAACGAUUACGUCAAUAAUGAAUAAGUGUAAGGUUGAAGGUGGAAGGUAUCUAAGGUGGUGGAUGGCAUAUGUUAACCACCACAUGAGCUGGCCAGAUUUCUGGCAGGCAUCCUUUAACCAGUUGCCGGCAAGUCACCCACACACACCCAACCUUCGUGUGAUUGCUAAAAAUGUAGCUGGGUUUCAGUUACAGCUAAACGAAGUUCUUGUUGGUUUUGAUGUCAACUCGACGUAUACCAAUGUCCCUUUAGCGGACGCUCUUGGCGAGAAAGCUUUUACUGACAGACACAACACUGCAAAAAUGAACGCAACUCCUCGUAGACGAAAUAGUUGA